AUGGAGACAUGGGAUGAAAUGUCACAGUACUUGAAGUCGAUCAAAAAGGUGGCGGCAUCACAGAAGUUGGGAGAAGAAUACAGCUGGGCUGGAAAGUUUGAAGUACAUGUGUACUUCGACAACGGCGCGAGAGGGAGCAAGCUGACAGACUUUUCCGCUCAGCUCGUCUGUCUUGUGCAGAGUAUAUUUAAAGGAAACUACACUGGAAACUUCCUGUGUUCCCUUCAACUGCCACUACACAUACACCUAAAAGACAACCAGGAGGUGAAGAGCAAGAAACGAUGGAGCCAAGUCAUGUACAUGGAGUCUGCCAUAGACCGCAUAUCACAUGAAGACGAUUCAAGUGUGAAGUACAUCCUAGCGACCGAUGGAGAUGUGGACUUUGACGCCGAUUCUAUAGUGGCCAUGCUUCUGCAGAUGCUAAGCGAUAGAGAAGAGGAUGUUGGCGCAGUCUGUGCACGGACACAUCCCGUCGGAUCCGGACCGUUAGUGUGGUACCAGAUGUUUGACUAUGCAAUCGGGCAUUGGCUUCAGAAGGUCGCUAACCACGUGCUGGGUUCUGUACUGUGUUCCCCCGGGUGCUUCAGUGUCUACCGUGUGGAGGCCAUCGCUGACGUGCUGGAGGAGUACCGAUCUGACGUGGAGGAGGCCUCGGACUUUCUCACUAAGGACAUGGGGGAGGAUAGAUGGUUCACAACACUACUGGUUAAGGCUGGUUGGAAGAUAAACUACUGCGCCGGAGCCGUUGACUCCACCCAUUGUCCUGAAGAGUUUGGUGAGUUCUGGAAGCAGCGGAGGCGCUGGAUCCCGUCAACUCUGGCCAACCAGAUCCUCCUGCUCAAGAACUGGAAGGACGUCAAAAAGAACAAUAAAUACAUCUCCAUGGGUUUCCUCCUCUACCAGGUUAUCCUGCUCUUGUCGACUGUCAUCAGCCCCUCUACCUGCAUCCUCACCAUCACCGGUAGUACAUUCUUAUGUGGCUGA